GAAAAACAAGCGUGAGUAAGAAUAAGAUACGUUUUUUGCUGUGCAUGUUGUCACAGUUAUGCAUAUAGCAAGUAAAUCAAUGUCUAAUGUAGCAGGACGACGCGGUACCUUUUGUGCUUCCACAAGCUUUGAUCCACCUUCCAUUCCCUAAUCGUACCUAUCAUACAUACUGCACGAGUAACCCGCCUUCUAGUACUCCUUAGCACCUAAUCCUCCACCUACAACAUCAUGAUGCGUACAUCCGAUAGAAAUCGUGCUCCUUCUGCUCCCGUCCUUUCGGGUUCUUCUCCGUCUGCAUCCUCGAGCAGCCGACCCUUCGUCCUCGUCGUCGGACGCCCCAACCGUUCAAAGCGAACGUUUUUGAACUGGUGCGCUAAGGAUGAAAACUUUCUACAACCUGCUAGCGGAACUACGUCGAAGACCACUACAGCAUCCAAGAAAAACAAGAACGCUUUACUUAAGGCUCAACUUUCGUUGGUCAUUAUAGAUGUUGGUCACUGAAAUCGAAGAGGGCUCCCUUGAGAGAACAGGGGAAAAGUGAGGGAAAACAAGUAGCGAGAUGUCGGGCCCCUCUCGUUCAGAGUCAGUGACCCAUGACUGCUGACCUUUAAUUUACGACCUGUGAUCAUUAGCGACGAUCCAGUGAGUUUUGUGAGAGAAGAUUUAGACGACCUGGUGAUAGAAGUCGAGAACAAUGAUCCAAGAGGUGUUGUUGACCAAGGAGCAAGUGUUAAGGCUCACAUAUAUUCAUCUUGAGAGGCAUCUUUGGGUUCCUUUUUAAAGGGAAAAACGCGUCAAAGAUGCGCUUCAAGAUGAAUAUCGGCCAGGCCUAAAAGUGGAAGUCGUGCUGUCGCUGGCCUUGGCGGUCAAGACAAUGGGGAGGAAGGAGAUCGAGAUACUUCUUCUGCGGCAGGACCUUCAACAUCAGUCUCUGAUGACCUUCCACCCUUAGAAACUGCUCGAGCGUUAUCUGUAGCAGACUGUGUCGAAGCAAUACGAAUACCAAAAAACAAGUUCGAAGACAGUAACAUAUCCUCGAGCUCCUCGUCUAGUACUCCAACAUUCGUUCUUUUACCACUGCUAUCAACUGAAGAGCAGCACUGCCCAGCUCUCUGGUGCGACCCGAAGAAGGUUAAAACUCUUGGCGCUGGAAGCAUCGAAGACGAGGGCAACAAUCAACGCAGAAGCACACGAUUUUUAGGGCUACUAGAACGAGCAUCUGGCGUUGUACUUGGGAGCGGAGGAGGUACUGAUGGUGGCGAACGGGACGACGUCGCUUUAGAUGACAAGGAUAAAACCUCCACUCGGAAACCAUCAGGCUCUGGCAUCGAGAAUCUAUUAUCAUUUGCCGGUGGUGGUGGGACUGCUUCUAAGCUGGCCAUGCUUGGGAAAAUAAGCGGCGUAACAAAUGUCAUAGAAAAGUCGAACGAGAUGGUAAAGUCAGCAGUGUCAGACGUAGCAGGCUUCGUCUCGCAUCAAGGGGCUUCGCUCUUGGAUUUAUGAAUGAAUGAUCACGAUUCAGGAGGUUGUUGAGACUCGAUUGAAAAACAUGGAAAUAUGAAUAUGAUAGAAGCAAUACUAAUUUCAAGUUCUUGCAGUACUAGUUGUUGUGUAAGUAUCUACUACAUGAUCUGUUGCUCAAUAUUAAUAAUUCUUCAUCAUGCGUAGUUUACUUUACCAUGUUUCCCAUAAUCAAGAUCCCUACCUCUAAUCCCUCAAGGCGCCCACUUACUCGACAAUGCACAACUCUUGUCUUCCGAACUCGAGGACCUACUAGGCGAAUUCGAGUCGCCCGAAGAAGCCAGGGCCAUGUGGCGCACCCUGGUUCAGUCUUUAGCUGCGCAGGCGUCUGCAGUACUGCUUUUCGUCGCUGAGCAAGAUGCAGAGACACUCCGCACAACAGAUUUGCUGGAAUUGUUGGGCACUAGUGAGAAAAAGUUGCACAUCUUCAUUCCCAAGUGGGAUUUGAAGUCCUCCAGUGUGCGCGAGCAAGAACGCAGCGCUUUGAGGUCUGCGGUUUUCCAGCAUGAUUUGGGUGGCAACUUGACCCUCAAGCCAGUUGGGUACGAGGCGUCGCGCGAAACGUUCAUGUUUGACGAUCUGUUGACCUGUGGGGAGACCGGUGGAACGAGUACGACUCCUAGUCCCGAGAGCGCCAAUACCGAUAAACAGGACAACUUCUUAGUCUGGAAUGGUCGAAGGAUCAAAGUACCUCCAUCUUCACAAUCAGGUGCAGGUGGGGGCACAGGAGGAAGUGUCAUGAGCUCCUCUAGUUCAAUUGCAGCUUCAAAGCGGUAUUCGUACUCACAUUGUCGCGAUGUAGUGAAGGAAGCUCUAUCUCCUGAAAGUCUCUCUUCGAAGAGACAGCUCGCACAGGUGAAGCAAAAUAAGGCACGCAUCCAAGACCUUGAACACAGGACAGAAGCGCGCCGUCAAAUCUUAGCAAAGCGUCGUGCUGCGGAGGCAGAGAAACGAAGAAAAAACGCACUGGAAGCGAAAAGAGCGUCCUCAAAUGGCGGGAAAGAAGCCGACGAAGACAAGAACAAUGCUUCAGGUGGUGCCAAAGCAGGCCAAAAUAAUGCUGGAGGUAGGCGAAAAUGUUGUAGUUGUACGGCGUGCUGCCUGUUUUGUUGGAGGAAUGCAAAGUCUUGUGCGAUCGCUUUUCUAGUGUUACUCAUAGCUUUGGUAAUCAGACGAAACUUCGGAUGGCUGCUGCGGUAGGUACGAAAUUGAAAAGCGUGACCCCCUGACAAUGCCACUCACGACUCAAAACCUUUCCUAUUCAGAUUUACGGCCUCCAAAAGACCUGUCGUUGAAGAGUAACUAACCUUGAUAUAUGAUGAAGUAUAAUCACAAACUUUGAUCUGCUUGUUCUGUUGUACUGUGGGUCUCUGGAGCUUGCAGUACUAGCCCGAAACUCGAGACGUUACGCUAUCUACCGGAUUUAAAGGCAUACAUCGACCACGCGUG